AUGGAAGUAGGACUCGAUACCACAGAUCCUCGGCAAAUCGUAUUUCGUGAUAGUUGUUGGCUUCUGCGAAAUGGACUAUUGAAAAACGAGACCGUUUUGGACUACUUUUCUUUAUCCCCAUUUUACGACAAAAGGUGUAACAAUGAACUCCUAAAGAUGACUUGUAGAUUUUUAGACGAAUCUGUUGAAAGAACAAUGAGGAGAAUGAAAGGGAUCGAAUAUGUGGUCAUCAACUCUCUGCCACCGGAUUUAUUUAUCAUUCGGAAGCAAAAUAGAGUAGCAUAUAAUGAGGCACACGCUUUGGAAGAAUACUAUAUUCUUAGGGGCAAUGUAUAUCAUGCUCCGAACUUGGAAUCAAUUCUUACAAAUCGUCUGGUGAAUACUCUUCAUUAUUUGCAUGAUGCAUUCAAUCAACACUAUCAUAAUAUUUUUUGGAAUCCCUCAACCGGCUAUACUUCAAAUUACCCUACGCGUAGCGUAGAACAUAAAGUGGAUUGUCUUCCUGAUGAUGCGUUUAACAGAAUAUUCAACGCCGCAAAUUUUAAAUAUUAUCAACAAGAAUAUUUGGCCAUCAAUGCACCUCCAGAAGUUCCGCCGGUUAGGAAUAAUAAUCAUUCGUCAACGAAACUUGGGAGCGUGGAAAACCCAUUUUUAGUUAGAGAGGAUUCGUUGGUGGAAAAAUUCAGUCAGAAAAUGUUUAUCAAUGAGAAAGGAAAUACCGCGGUCAAGCCAAAGGAGAAACGUGAGAAGAAACAACGCAAGAAACGCAGGAGUCGCGAAGAAAAAGAUCAUGCUGCAGCCAGAGUCAAAGAUCAAGCCGAGAUUACUCUACAUUAUUUCGAUAAGGACAUUGAGAUUGAUUUUGUUGAUUCCAAUAUUUUCUUCGUAAUAAUAGGAAAAGGAUCGAUGUAG